AACCAGAUUAACGGUUCCCUCUCCCUCUGCCUCUCCGCUCGCACGACUCCACACUCUGUUAAAAAAAAAAAAACAGUUCAAACGUCCACUGGAUGCUGCGCCAGCCGCUUCACCUGCUUCUGACACUGUAGCUUAGAGUAUCUUUAAUUUUUUUUGUCGGGGAGCAGCAUUCAUGAAUUAACCGCUUAAAAAAAACAACACAGCGUUAGUGAAAGAUGAUUUCGCCGUGGGACCGGUGGUACUCGACGAGCUGCUGCCUCUGCUGCCAUGUACGGACGGGCACCAUUAUUCUGGGAAUAUGGUACAUGAUAAUCAACGCGGUGGUCCUACUCAUCUUGUUGUCGGCUCUCUAUGACCCAGUUCAGUACCGCUACCACCUUACCAGCUCCGAGUUGGGAACUGACAUCGAUGUCAUGGACGAUGCAAAUAUCUGCAUUGCAACUGCAAUAUCCCUUCUCAUGAUUCUUAUAUGCGGCAUGGCAACAUAUGGUGCUUACAAGCAACACGCUGCUUGGAUCAUCCCAUUCUUCUGCUACCAGAUCUUCGACUUUGCCCUUAACACGCUGGUGGCCAUUAGUGUGGUGGUUUAUCCCAACACGGUGCAGGACUACCUCCAACAGCUGCCGGAGACAUUCCCUUACAAGGAGGACAUCAUGUCCACAAACAAUAUGUGCCUAGUCUUUGCAGUCCUGCUCUUCAUUGGCUGCAUCCUCUCCUUCAAGGCCUACCUGAUUGGCUGUGUGUGGAACUGCUACAGAUACGUGAGCGGCAGAGGCACCACAGAAGUCCUGGUUUACGUCACAACAAACGACACGGCGGUCCUGCUGCCGCCGUACGAGGAAGCGGUGGCCAUCCCGCCGAAGGACCCCCCUCCUCAGUACAUGGAGGCAUGAGAGACGACCUUGCUGCUGAAUUAGACACCCAAACAAACACCUUCCAUAUCUACUCCUCAACAGUAGGAUCCCAACUCAGGCUGCAGUAACAUGUCAAGCCCACGGUUUUUUUUUUUUUUGUUGUUGUUUUUUUUUCUAGAUGCCAGUUUCAGCCUGGAUUCCUGUCAAGUUUAGAUUAGAUGAAACUGACCUUGACGUAACUUUGCUACUUACCCACCCCCCCCCCCCCCCCCCCCCCCUCCUCAUCUCCAGUUUGUUGUGACGCAUCGUCUCCUCCAAGGACAGCGUGACCGUUCCCACCAGCGCUCCCUGCAGGCAGCUGCUCUUCCCUGGAAGCAUCUGAACUCUUGGCACUGCCAGAACGCUCUGACCCAACUUUAUUUAAAUCCCCCUUUUUUUUUUUCUUCUCCCGCUUAAAUUAAAAGCUGCACCCGUUUGGCCACCAACUGUUACACCCCGAUACUGUGAAUCAAACCCUGGUGUCUUUGAAUAGAGACUUACUACGUGACGAUGGAUGAGAGACAAAGAUGGGUGUGAAAGGAAAAACAACAAAUGUUAUCAGUAAAAUAGCACUUUUAAAAAAAAAACAAGUAGUUUGCAAAUUUUCUUCAAUGAAUGUAACGUCGGGGCAUUUUUGUAUGACUUUUUGUAUUACGGUGAAAACCGACAGGGGGGGGACAUGAGAAGUGUCGUCUGUUAUAACUGGAAUAUUAACUUGUGUCACUCAUCCUGUGGGAAGGUAUGAAGAAAAAAAAAAACAAACCAAAAAAAAAAAAUGUCUUCUUUGUGUUUACCCAUCAACUACCAGUGGAACCCUCAUCCAAGCCACUGGUUUCUGUCCCAGUAUUCCAGUUUGCCUUCCUGUCUUUUCCUCGACCUAACUAACGCCUGGAUGCGAGAGCUGUUUACAGUCCGACCCCGGGCAGAUCCACAACCGAACAGGGAGUAAGACAGGAACUAAAGCGAGCACACGAGGUGAAACGCCGUCUUUCCGUCGCAGCAGCAUCGACUGUGUCUCUGCGGUCUCACAGAGUUACAAUGUGACCUUUAGCUAACCGGGCUUAGCCGGACCGAGGGUAUCUUCCUGCAAAGACCGCAUGACGUGCUGCUGUAACUCGCAUCCUUGUAUUUGUUUGCGUGCUGCACAUAUUAUGCACAUUCUGCAAAAUCAUACGAGAUGUUGGUGUCAGCUCAAUAUCAGCGGAUGAAGACGAAACUGUGGCGACAGACGGUUAGGAGAAGUCGAUGUGCAGUAAACAAUCAAGGGUUUUUGUCUGAAUCAGUCGUAUUGAUAAGUGCAUCUCAAUAAGUUAGAAUAUGGUCAAAAAGUUUAUUUUUGUAAUUCGAUUGAAAAAUGUUGUUUUUUUUUUGUUAUGACAUACACAGUCAUGGAGAAGCCUGCUAGUCUGACAGUUUGUCAGGGUCAAAGCUAAAGAAGUGGGUUGUUCACAUAGUGAUUAGUCAAACAUUUUACCAGAAAGUUUAGUGGAAGAAAAAAAACACAACCACCACUUCUUUAAGAGGGUUAUCGAGGAAAGUCCCAUUGAAAUGUUUGGGGAUGGUUCUGAAUUAAAAGUCCUUAUUUUAUCUUAUAAAAUAUCAUAUUUUUAAAAAUGUACAUUUUGGAGGUUCAUUAGUUACAACCAAAAUCAUUAAAAUAAGCAGAAAUAAAUAUUUGAAAUCACCCAGAAGUUUGACCUUUUGAAUCAAAUUCCUGCGUUAGCUUUUCGGUGAUAGUCUGAUGCGUUGACAUGCACCUGUAUCACACAGGCUGCUCACCUGUUCAGUCUCAUUCUGCUCCAUUUCAUACUUGAAUCCUGGUCUCAUUAAUCUCCUCCCGCCAUCUUUGGUCGUGUCUCUAAUCUUCCCCAUGCCUCUGCUAAUCCCACAGUACUCGGACUGUAAACGCACUUUAAAAGUCGGCUUCAGGCCGCUGGAAGCUGAUGUAUGUGUUUUUGGCUCGUCUUUACCUGACUGUGCUGUAGGUAAGCGUCUCCCGAUGUGACCCGGUUUUCCAAACUGCACCCGCUGAUGGUUAGACGUGUCAUAAAUCCAUGUUUGCAUCGUGUGAAAGUAGCAGAACCGACAGACUUUCAGAUGUAUGUGAACCGCUUUGUUUCAGAGGCUAAUGGAUGAAUGGAUGUAUCCUGUCAGGACUUCUGCCUCUCCUCCUGUUGGAUCUGCAUGAGCUCAUGUUUUCAAUUAUAAACAAUAAAACUUUAAAUCGA